AUGCAGGUCCCUGGUGGAACCGUCCCAGUGUGGCAGGCCGAGCUACACGUGCACAUAGUCCAGCUUGACACCGAAGGAGCAGCAGACGAGUCAGACGGAGACAUCACGUCAUGUCAGAUAUGGAUGCUGCCUUCCAAAGACUUCGAUGGCUUGUGGGAGACUCUGAUCUAUGACAUGGACGUCAAGAGAAACCUGCUUGACUACGCGCAAACAGCCAUGUUCUUCUCCGAUCGUCAAGUCGACCCCAAUAUCAUCGCAUGGAAUCGCGUCGUUCUGCUCCACGGGCCCCCGGGAACGGGCAAGACCUCUCUCUGCAAAGCUCUUGCUCACAAGCUCUCCAUCCGCAUGUCGGAAAGAUACCGGAGCGGGCAGCGAGUGCAGCUGGUGGAAGUCAACGCGCAUUCCCUCUUCUCGAAGUGGUUCUCUGAGAGCGGAAAGCUCGUCAACAAGCUGUUUGACACGAUCCGGGAGUUCCUUGACGAUGAAGAGACGUUCGUGUGUGUUCUGAUCGACGAGGUAGAAAGCUUGACAGCAGCCAGACAGUCUGCGCUCAGUGGGCAAGAGCCGUCAGAUGCUAUUCGAGUAGUGAAUGCCUUACUAACGCAAAUAGAUAAGCUGAAAGAGCGACAUAACUGCAUGGUCAUGACAACAAGCAACAUCACAGCUGCAAUAGACCUCGCCUUUGUAGAUCGAGCAGACAUCAAACAGUACAUCGGCCAUCCUUCAACGCCAGCAAUCUAUCAGAUUUUGCGUUCUUGUAUUCUAGAAUUGAUGCGCGUGGGAAUUAUAUCCCCGCAGGAGGAUCUGAAGGAUGUCAGUCUCGUCGCGUCGCAACAAGCUGCUUCACCGGCCAGUCCCGAUAACUCUAUUAGAUUGUAUCAUUGCGCUAGUCAGGCACAGGGAUUUUCUGGUCGUUUUCUACGGAAAUUGCCGUUCCUAGCUCACUCGAUGUUCCUUAGACGAAAGACAGCGAGCAUGUCGAUGUUCUGUGACGCAUUGCUCAAAGCGAUCAAAGCUGAGACCUCGGCACGUAGUCAUGAAUCGAUCAAUGGCAAGUAA